CGGUACGGCUUGCGUCGUCCAUGUGUUUUAUGAGAGCCGUGCUUGCGCCUGUUUCGCCUUUAGUGCGCGGAUUUAGUUUUGUUAACUGUUAACUAAAGAAAUAUACGCCAGCAUACAGGCAAGAUGUCUUUCAUGCGAGGGCCUGCUCCCGUUCGGAGGACUCUGCAGUAUCUCGAGAAAGGUCGCCUGGUGUUCAAGGACCGAGUGAAGAUCAUGAGCCUGAACUUCAACACCGCCGGAAGAGCCAGAGAUCGGCACGAAGGCAUGCAAGAUUUCGUCUUCUGGUUCCUGCCCCAGGUUCAGUACAAAAACCCCGACGUGCAGGUUGUUAUAUUCAAGAACAAGACGCCCACACCGUUCGCCAGGUUCUGGCUCGAAGACGGCAAAGAGGUCAUCAUGGACGUCGACGGGAAGAGCAAAGAAGAGAUCCUAAACCAAAUGCUCGUGACGCUGGGUAAGACGACAGAACAGCUACAGAAGGAAGCGCUGAUGCGAGAAAAGAAAGACACGCCGGCAAACUUUGGCCGACACUACGACAAGUUCUGCAUCUGCGAGGUGCCGGGACAAGUGCCCUGCCCGGGAAUCGUACCCCUUCCUAAAAGCAUGCGCGGGAAGUGCCGCGUUGAGCAAGAACAGUGAAUGAAGAAAGAAGUGAAAGUGGUGCUGCUUGGUAUAGUUUUGCGUGCGCGUGUGGAAGCAAGAAACGAAAGGUUGCGAGAUUGCCGAUUCGUGUGAAGUGCGUCGACGUCGUAACCUGCUGCUACUAAAACUGCUAGUGCUGUACAUUUUCGAAGCUACUGUCAUUACCAACGUUUAUUUGUGCAUGUUUUAUCGGCAGUAUUUCGGCAUUAAAUGAACAUAAGCGUCUUUUCUUGUCCCUUGUAAGCUAGCUAUAGAAUGGAGGAAUGUUUCAUUCAGAGCAGGUGGAACGUCUCUAGAGGAGCUAUAUUUCGUGAAACAGUUGGCAAUAAAGAACUUCCACAUGGUGUGGUAACUGCCGCUGGAAAACUAACAUAGGUUGGUGCAGCUUACCAAAAGCUGUGCUUUACAAAGUGUUAUGGCUCUGGCGUGACCAAAAACGUGCUGCAAGCUAACAGUGCAAGUACAGAUAGAUUUAAUUAGAUGAAAGCACAUAGUCACCUAUUUGCACACAGUCACCGUAAGCCACAUAAACUCACACAAGUACUCGCUAUUUCCAGCCGCCAUCGACUAUUGGAAUACACUACCCGAAAGUGCAGUUUCCUCUGCUUGAGCAGAUGCAUUUGUUAAUGCUAUUGCAAAUAUCAACUUUGGUGUGUAAAGUGUUCACAAUCCAAUGUCACACGAUUUACUUGUAUCUUUUUGAACUUAUGAGUGCGGAAAGCAACGUUGUGUGAUUAAUAUUUCUUUGUAUUCUUGCUUAUUUUCUUUUUUGAAUGACCAUGUACCAUGUUUGCCACUUAUGUAUAUGAAGAUUCUUUCGUUACCACUCCUGCUUCGGCCCAAAUGUGGCCUGCAGUAUGUAUAAAUAAAUUGCCUAAUGGCAAUCAUUCUAACUCA